CGUUGAUGAUUUUUGUACAGUUGCGCUACAAAUCAAGUUCUCUCUAAGGUCAGUGGAAUAACUGCACAAAUCCAAAUAACGUGUUUCCGUAUCAUAUCAUGCUCCUCAACUAUAGAAUUGUUUUUGUCGGUUCAUAUAUAAGAGCGAAUUGUCAUGUCGAAUUCUCAUAACUUUGCCCGAAUUUGAACUGCUUGCUGGUAAUAUAACCAAAGACUUUCAAGAUAACCAACAAAUGGAAGUGGAUAUUAAUGUUGAUGUCAGCAAUGUGACCUCUGGAACAGGCUCUGCAUCAGUGCUCUUACAUCCACUUGUUAUUUUGAAUAUAUCUGAACAUUGGACGCGUAACAAAGUGAAGGAAAACUCUAUAGCUGUUACAGUGUAUGGAGCUUUACUCGGGAAACAAGAAGGUCACCAUGUUGAAAUAUCAAAUUCCUUUGAGUUAUUACUUGAUGAACCACACAUGUCAGUUAACUCUGAGUUUUACAGCACCCGUGAAUCUCAAUGCAAACAAGUUUAUCCAGAUUUAGACAUAGUUGGUUGGUAUACCACUGGUGGUGCUAUCAAUGAAAAAGAUGAGUUAUUCAACAGACAGAUGCUAGAACUUAAUGAAUCUCUCCUCAUAUUAAAAUUAGACCCUCUACAAACAUGUGGAGAGAACCUGCCAAUCGGGGUUUAUGAGUCGGUAGUGGAUAACGAUGGCAGAGUUCACUUUAGACAGGUACUAUAUACUUUAGCAACUGAUGAAGCAGAACGUAUUGGUAUCGAUUAUGUUGCACGUAUUUCGAUGUCAUCUACUGAUCAGACUUCAUCAAUGACUGCGGAACAUUUACUAGGAAAUUAUCAGGCCAUUCAAAUGUUAAGCAGUCGCCUUCAGCUAAUAAGAUCUUAUGUCGCAGCUGUUGCAGCAGGAGAAUUACCACCGAAUAGAGCACGACUGAGGGAGAUCAAUGCUUUAGUCAAACGAAUUCCUUUCAUGCCUCCUUCAGCAGCCGAACAAAAUGAUAAUUUGUACCGUCAAGCCAAUGAUGUAUGUCUGACAGCAUUGCUUGCCAGCAUAACUCAAGGUUUACAUACACUCUACGGUUGUAUGAUCAAAACAUCUCACGUUAUAGAUCGCCGAUCUAUUCCUUUGAGUGUGGGAAGUGGAAUUAUGGACUCAGGUUCCAGCCGUUUUGCUAAAGUUUCCCACUCAAUGGGUAAUUCUAAUUGAGAAGGCAAAAUGUGUAUUUUGUGAAUAGAGUCAGCUUACGUUAUAUAAACCGAGAAUAGAUUUCUGUAGUUGUACAUAUCGACGUCACAAUUUUCUUCGAUUCACAAUACUCAAGAACCAUUUGGAUAAAAUCAUAUAUUUGAUUGUACGUUGGCUUGUAUAUAAUCAUAUACUGUACUGUGGCAACUUGGACAAUUCUAUGGCCUUUUUGUUUUGAUUCUGAUACAUAAUCUUUGUCACAGCAGAAAUUCAUCGUCAAUUCACUAUUUUACCAAUAAAUAAAGAUGAUGAAAACCAUAAAAUGUAAAUAUAGCUAGAAUUUAAUUCCAUGUCCUAGUGGCUGAAAGUUAAGGGCUAAUAAUAGUCUCCAAAUAUCAGAGUUCGGCCAUCUAUUCGCAUAUUAGUUUGUUGUUAUUUCUAUUAAUAGUUUGAGCUAGCUUCUCACUUAUUUUCAAAAAGACUGAGUAAUACUAUGCUCAUCAUAGUGUUAACCAUGAAAUGAAUCUUUUCACUUAGAUUCAAAAUUCAUUUCUGUAACAAACAACUUUCUUAAAGUGUUUGAUUCUCACUAAUGGAUAAACUAAGUAAUCAACAAAUAUAAAUAAUUUCAAUGGUUGAGAUCAUGAGUCAAUUGAAGAUAGACCA